UUUUCUUCCGCCGAUUUUGCUGCUGCUGCUGCUGCCGGCCAUCGCGGGGACUGAGAAGCCGGGAGCCGCUGCAGGCGCUCACUUACGAGCUCUCCUGAGCGGCCAGUGGCAGUGUGGGGCAUGGCAGCAGUGUGGCAGCAGGUGUUGGCUGUAGAUGCACGGUACAACGCAUACCGCACUCCAAACUUCCCGCAAUUCCGCACGCAGUACAUCCGCAGGCGCAGCCAGCUGCUGCGGGACAACGCCAAGGCCGGCUACGACCCCUCGUUUCGCAAGCAGUACCUGCGGCUGCGCAGCCAGCUCCUGGCCCAGCGCUACGGCCCCCUCUCCGAACAGAGCAGCUUUCGGGCCUACAGCAACAGCAUUGUCCGAAGCAGUCGCACCACACUCGACCGCAUGGAGGAUUUUGAUGACGACCCAAGAACACUGGGUGCCCGUGGCCACCGCCGCUCUGUCAGCCGAGGGUCCUACCAGCUGCAGGCUCAAAUGAACCGAGCUGUUUAUGAUGAGAGACCCCCAGGCAGCGUUGUCCCCACUUCGGUGGCAGAAGCCAGCCGUGCCAUGGCCGGGGAUACAACACUAAGUGAGAACUACGCCUUUGCCGGCAUGUACCAUAUCUUUGACCAGCAUGUGGAUGAGGCUGUGCCCAAGGUUCAGUUUGCCAAUGAUGACAAGCACCUACUGGCCUGCUGCUCACUGGACGGCACCAUCUCAGUGUGCCAGUUAGUGCCCACUCCCCCCGUAGUGCUGCGGGUGCUGAAGGGACACAGCCGUGGUGUGUCUGACUUUGCCUGGUCCCUCUCCAAUGACGUUAUUGUUUCCACGUCACUUGACGCCACAAUGCGCAUCUGGGCGACCGAAGAUGGCAAGUGCAUCCGGGAGAUUCCAGAUCCAGAUGCUUCUGAACUGCUCUGCUGCACUUUCCAGCCGAUGAACAAUAAUCUCACGGUGGUGGGGAAUGGAAAGCACAACCUCCAUGUGGUGAACAUCUCAACAGGGAAAAAAGUGAAGGGCGGCACAAGCAAGUUAACCGGCCGAGUACUGUCACUCUCCUUUGAUUCCUCUGGCCGUAUCCUCUGGGCAGGAGAUGACAAAGGCAGCAUAUUUUCUUUCCUUUUUGACAUGGCAACAGGAAAACUGACCAAGGCCAAGAGGCUGGUAGUUAAUGAGGGCAGCUCGAUCACAAGUAUUUCGGCCCGCUCCUGGAUCAGCAGAGAAGCACGGGACCCUUCCCUCCUCAUCAAUGCAUGCAUUAACAAGCUGCUGCUUUAUAGGGUAGUGGACAAUGAAGGAACGCUGCAGCUUAAGAGAAGUUUCCAGAUACAGCAGAACUCGCAUCCUGUCCGCAGCAUCUUCUGUCCCCUCAUGUCCUUCCGCCAGGGAGCUUGUGUUGUGACCGGCAGUGAGGAUAUGUGUGUCUACUUCUUUGACGUGGAGCGUGCCACCAAGGCUAUCGUUAACAAACUGCAGGGCCACAGUGCUGCUGUGUUGGAUGUCAGCUUUAACUGUGAUGAGAGCCUGUUGGCAUCCAGUGACGCCAAAGGCAUGGUUAUUGUCUGGAAGAGAGAACAGAAGUAGCAUUCCUUCCCAUGAUGUGGGGAAAAUACUUCAUAAAUUCUGGUUGGAGGAGACCGCUUAGGUGGAAGGCAGGAACCAUAAAAAAGGACUAAAAGGGCCUAUUUUUCCUCCUCUUGCUGGUAGUUUUACAUCUUCUGCAAAUAGGAAAGUCCUGAGCAUACCUCUAACAGUGUAUUAGCACCCAUUGCUCUCCUGUUUUUCAGUUAGCAGGGUUUUGUACAGUAGACAAAGGCUCCUGGGUAUCCUAUGAAAAGUUUUGUCUUCUUCUGUUGUGGCUUAUGGUGUUCAAUGUCCAGAUUGUCUCCUAUUGGUAACAGCUGCUAGCAAUGCCAGUUGAAAAGGAAGGUAGUGAGCAAUUCUACAAGGCCUCUCUGCCAAGGCUUGUUAAUUAGCAGAAGAGGAUGUGGAACUUCAGGGUUUCUUUUCUGACUCAUGAGCAUGGAAUCAAGUGCUCCCAACUCCAUUAAGCAGUGGCCAGCGCCUUGCUGAUGCAAAACUGCUUUGCUGUUCCUUCCUGGAAACACUAGGGCCAGUGAUAUUUUACACAGCAUGAGUGAAAACACUAUGCUCAGUGUUAGUUCACCCCAAGGGCACUGAGCACCGGAAAGCAACAUUUGCCUCUAUCAAAUGCCAGACUAAGCAAUCUACUUCGAAGGAUCAGCCUGCAUUAUUAGUCUGUGUGUUGGACUUGUGAACUUAACUUUGGGCACAGACUCCCCUUCAAGAUAGCAUACUAGUUGCUUAUCUCUAUAAUGGCCUAUUAGGUCUGGUAUAUUUCUCAGGAGCAACAUCCAGUGACUGAAUGUCUUCCCAGUACAGGGGCAGAGUGGGAUCUGCAAGUGGUAAACAGAGGACUUGCUCUCACAUCAACACUGACUGCUUCAAACACUAGCAUCAUCUUUGGAAUUUACAAGAAUACUGGCUGGAAUAUUCCUGACAGCUGUAUGCAAAACCAAGUGCUCCUCAAAGCCAAGCUCUACAAGCAAAUGAAGUGGCGUCUGCUGAAAUCGAACUUUGGCAGCUACCUAAUGCAGUUGCUUUUUGUCACUUAACUUCCACAGCAUGUAUGGCGUUGUAAUAGGGAAGGAGGCUAGUUGUACUGAAACUCUUCUGUAUUGUGGCUGUGAUAGUUGUUUUUUCCUUGACUUUGUUCUUUUUUUCUGUGGACUAGGAGAAAAUAUUUCUAAAUUGACUCACUGGAAUUUGGCCAAAUAGGUUUUUCAGGCAGGUACCUGGAAGAUAAGAGCUGACAGUGGGGAUGCUUCAAAGUUCCUCAACAGUACUAUAAGGUCACCUUAUGAAGAAGCAUGAGCUGAGCUAAAGGAACCAAAUCCAUGGAAGUGCAAGCCAGCCAUAUCUUUGCAUCAAACAAGCUGCACAGCCCAACGUAGGGUUAAGAGAUCUGUGAGUGUACAGAUAAGAAGAUUAAGAGAAUGUGUGCUAAUGGUGGCUGCAUAAUGCUUGCAACAUGUAAUGCAUUCAUUACAGCUCUUAAAAGAGGAAUAUUUACAUUAGGUACAGAAUUUAAAGUAAUAUGGGAGCUUCAAACAGAAGCCUCCCAUAAUCACAGGUAUGUUUAAGCAAAGGUCGCAUAUUCUGGAUACUCUUCCAACAGAUAAUAUAGCUGCAUUCCUAAUGAAUUGUAACUCAACUUGCCUUAGCCCUAACUUAAAAAUAAAUUGAUGUCUUUGACAGAU